GAGACAUCAGGUUUGUGAUCUGCCACGGACUCAAACUACGCACUUCUGGACGUGAAAGAGAAGCUUGGUCUCCCUCAGCCUCAGCAUCCACCUGCUCCUGCAAGCUCACAGUCAUCAUGGACCCCAGAGUGGUGGAAAACAUCUACCUCCUGGUCAUCGUCACCCUCGUCAGCGUCCUGCAGAAUGUGUUCUUUGCUCAGAAGGUUGAGAGGGAGUGCAAGAGUCAUCACAGCCACACCUCUGCUUUUGAGCGAGUGUCUUGUGCCAAUCGGAACUGCAUGGACGCUUAUCCCACUUUCCUGGCAGUGAUGUGGUGUGCCGGCCUGUGCCUCAGUCAAGCUCCUGCUGCCUUCGCUGGGAUCAUCUAUCUCCUUGUCAGACAGCAGUACUUUGUUGGAUAUUUGGGGCAAACCUCUCAAAGCACCCCUGGAUACCUGUUUGGAAAGCGCAUCAUCAGCUUCCUCUUCCUGAUGUGCAUCGUGGGCAUCUUUAACUACCUGCUGGUGCGUUACUAUGGCAGCGACUAUAAGGACUACGUAGAAACCAUCACCAAGGCGGCCUCUGCUCUUCUCCUCAUCCCAUAAUUCAGUGUUUGUCACGUAACUUUUGCUGUUGCAUUGAAACGCUGUACUCUUUUCAUGUUUUUUAAAAGCUUUUAUUGUAUUUGAAAAUAAAAAUAAAAUAAAAAAAAACUUA